GUUUUGGGGGACGAUCUUCCAAUAUGACAGCCGGACUUUCCUAAAACCGAAGCGCUGUCUGGUAGUUGGAAUUGUGGUAGGCUGUCGCGGACUAGCUGUACCCUAGAACUGACCAAUCCUGACCUGCGGGCAUUGCUCAAGCUGGGUACCACCACCCAUUUGAUUUCUGCUAGCUUCUGAAUCGGGCCUUUUCCUCACAUAGAUUGCUAUCAAUUAGCUUGAAAGAUCUAUGAUUGGUAGCUCUCGCUGGACGAAAGCGAGUGAAUCUCAGACCUCUAUACGUUGUAGCAUUUCAACCUUUGGAAACAAGUGCUCAGCACAGGCUGAAAACAUGAGGCUGUAUCUUCGAACUGCAUUAAUACUCCAUCAUACCUUGACUCAACCGAUAUAAUACGUCUUUUUCCAAAUACAUAUCUCCCAGAAUUCGUUGCUCUCCCACGAGAUGAAUGACCCGCAUUCGCAAUCUCCGCUUUUCUUACCCCCGGAGCUCCUGCUCAAUGUUGCUCGAUUUCUCACGACCGCCCGCGAUUUCAACGCGUUCGUCCGAGUCAGCAGAGCUCAUUAUGUAUUAUUGAACAGUAUACUGUACUAUGACGAUGCGAAGAGCGAGAAGCCACAUGCACUCUUCUGGGCCGCCAUGCAUAACCAAAAAGAGACUGCCACCAAAGCGCUCAAGGCAAAGACCGAUCCACAGAUCACAGCCGACCUGUCUCGCCUUCGGGGCGCUACUCCAAUUAUGCUGGCGACAUAUCACGGUUCCACGGACGUUCUGGAACUCCUCCUUGCCAGGGAAGAUAUCAACCCCAAUGUUCGCGAUCGCAUGUACCUCUGCCCGGCUAUUACCUGGGCCGUGAAAAAGAAUCAAGUCUCAACUCUUCGCCUAUUACUGAAGGACAAGCGUGUCAAUGUCAACCUCCAGGACAAGAAUGGAGAAACGGCACUGAUGACUGCUGUGAUCAAUCAGCCCGAUUUGAUACCCGUGCUGCUAGGUUGCGCAAGAGUCAAUCCACGAAUUGGAGACAGGAUCGGUCGCACUCCACUUUCGCGAGCUGCGCAGCAGAAAAAUCCAGAUACUCCAUUGAUUCUUGCCGCUCAUCUGCGUCUCAUAUUGGAUGGAAUCGAUGAUCGAGAACAUUGUCAGCAGGUGUUCUAUUCCGCUGCCAUAUUUGGCCAAUUUGAUAUCAUGAAGCAUAUGGUGUCCUUUUAUGGGGGUAAGUUGAACCCCAAUGGAGAUGCGAGGGGCAUCUCAGGGACCGACCAUGCGGUUUUCACCGUGGCGGUUGAACGCAAUCUUCAGGAGGUUGUCCAGUUCCUUCUGGAAUGGGACAAGACUGAUCCAAAUCAACAUGACACUUGGCAGCAUAAGACACCUUUGUUUCGUGCGGCAGAUCGCGGUCUUGAUAAAAUGGUCUCUAUAUUAAAGGAGCAUUACCGGGUAGAUUUGAAUCUGAGCAACAUCCAUGGCAUGACGCCCUUGAUGGUUGCUAUAGAAGGGGGACGUCUGGAGAUUGUCCAAUGUCUUCUUUCUGGCUCGCGUUGUCCAGACGUCAACCUGACCGAUAAUACUGGAGUAACGGCGCUCUGGCUUGCGGCAAUACGUGGAGAGCCGAAGAUCGUGCAGAGGUUACUCGAGGUUGAGGGUAUUGAUGCCUGUCUAGCCGACUCACAAGGCGUGACACCCAAACGUAUCGCAAUGAUGCAUGACAACACUGAAGUGGUCAAGAUCUUGGAAAACUUUACCAUUUAGCGAUAUUCUCGGGUGAUUGUAAAUAAUGUAAUUUUGCGGUAUAUGAAUACAGUGGACUUCGCGGUCCAUGCUUCGAGAGACCUUGUUUAGGCGGUCCCAGAAAUCGGAUACUAAGCAAACAACAGUGGCAUCAGAAUAUGAAAUUUGAACAAAGAGCGAUG